ACUGUGGGAUGAGGGCCAAGGACCUCUGAGUUGGGGCUAUGUGAUCCUGUGACGUGGAGGCCCAGGAUUGUGGGGACCUGCUGGGGAGGCACCUAUUAGAAGGUUCUGCCAGCUCUGGCAUGGGAGGAAAUCUCCCCCAGCUGUGGUACUUCCCCUCACCCUCCUGGGCCUGGAAAGGUGGUGUGGAUAGUGCACGGGGGGGGGGGGGGGCAAGACACCUGCCUAGGCUGGACACCCAAGGCCAAACUGUCAGAACUGCCCUCCAGUCAGUGCCCCACUCCAGGGUGGGGUUGGCAGAAAGGCGGGGAGGCACUCUGUAGAAAGAGGAACCAGGCAGGGUGAGGAGAGGAGAAGGGGGCCCCUGGGUCACGAGGCCCCAGCAGGGCCGGAAAGAGCUCUCCUCCACCCCCAUCAGCACGGACACAGCAAGGGGUAUUCAAAGCUGGAGGACAGGCCCAAAUGACAUAGGGACCACUGCAUCCAUCCCUGCCUCAGUGUCCCUUCUGCAUGCAACUGGGCACCUCACUCCUAGGGGUGUGCACCCUGGCUGGGAUCCUUCAGUGCCUGGGGGGAUGGAAGGUGAGGCCUUGAGGGGUGACAGUCAGUCCUGCAUGUGCCGGCUGGGGGCGGGGACUUGAGGCCCGCGCUAGGAGAUCCCCGCCCGCUGGUUUCCUCCGGGGUCAGCCCGGCUCCUUAUCAGGCGCGGCCAGGCAGCCAGGCCCUUAUCUGCACUGGCCCAGCAUCCUCCAGCCGCUGCGCCAGGGGUGAGAGGGAGGAAACCCGGCCGCCAGGGGCGGGGAGAGGGCAGGCGGCCCGGAGCUGCUCACUUUCCCUGGAGGGACCUACCCUGUUGCCACCGCCGCCGCGGUGGCCCUUGGGAGCCAAGGAAGCGGGGCGGCCUGAUGCUGCGGCCCAGACAGGGCCUCCGGCCGCCAGCAGCACAGAGCGCAGAGGCCCGAGCGGGCGGCGGUGCCUUGCCUGAAGUCGGAACCACAUCCUGGACCUGAAGGACAGAGUCACGGCCAUCAGUAGGCAUCCGGAGCAGUGCUGGGGCUCCAGGCGAGAGGGGAUUCUGGAAGAAGGGAAAUUUGCUCAGGGGCUGUACAACUAAGGCCUCAUGGGUCGCAGACAGCUCAGAAGCAGCAUUGCUGAGCUCAGUGCUGCCCAGCACCUCAGUGGGCACCUCCUGUCCUUGUGUUGGACCCCCUCCCAUGUCCUGGUGAGCACCCCCUCGGGGUCCAUGUGCCCGCCCGAGGCCCAGGCAGAGGUGGGCCCCACCAUGACCGAGAAGGCCAAGAUGGUGUGUGCCCCCAGCCCAGUGCCUGCCCCGCCCCCAAAGCCUGCCUCGCCUGGGCCCCCAAAGGCGGAGGAGGUGGGCCACAGAGGCUCCUCGCCACCCAGGCUGCCCCCUGGCGUGCCAGUGAUCAGCCUGGGCCACACCAGGCCCCCAGGGGCAGCCAUGGCCACCACGGAACUAAGCACCCUCCGUCCCCCGCUGCUGCAACUCUCCACCCUGGGAACCGCCCCAGCGCCCCUGGCCCUGCAUUACCACCCUCACCCCUUCCUCAACAGCCUCUACAUUGGGCCGGCAGGACCUUUCAGCAUCUUCCCUAGCAGCCGGCUGAAGCGGAGACCAAGCCAUUGUGAGCUGGAGCUGGCUGAGGGGCACCAGCCCCAGAAGGUGGCCCGGCGCGUGUUCACCAACAGUCGGGAGCGCUGGCGGCAGCAGAACGUGAACGGCGCCUUCGCCGAGCUCAGGAAACUGCUGCCAACGCACCCGCCCGACCGGAAGCUGAGCAAGAACGAGGUGCUCCGCCUGGCCAUGAAAUACAUUGGCUUCCUGGUGCGGCUGCUGCGCGACCAGGCAGCGGCUCUGGCCGCAGGCUCCGCCCCUCCAGGGCCCCGCAAACGGCCGGCGCACCGAGCCCUGGACGACGGCGCCCGCCGCGGGCCUUGUCGCAAGGCCGAGGUGGUGGCGCGCCCGCAGCCCGCGCCCCCAGGCGGCCCCGAUGGCAGCCCCGGUGGGGCAGGCCGACCCAUCAAGACAGAAAAAGCGGCUGUGAGUCCGGAGGUGCGAUGACCUCCACGGUGUCGCCUCUGAGCCGAAGGGCACUGGGAACUCAGCCCAGGGCCGUCCAGGAAGGGGCGGACGACGCUCAGCGCCUGCUCUGGAGAUAACUCCCCCGAAGAAGGACCAGUGAAGAGUCCCCUACAGGGGAAAGGGCCCGGGGGUCUGGAAGGGCGACCGUCGCCCCCAGGGGCCCUGCAGACCCUUUUAUCGCCCACCGCCCGCUGGAAAUGGUCUUGUCCGCGUACCCCUCCCGGGGGAGAGGCCCGGGAACCAACACGUCAUCGGAGCGGUCAUCGGACCCAAGUGGUGCCGCAUUUUUACGUGCUGGGGUCACCGAGGGAGGUGGGGAGGGACCGGAGAGCCUACUCCUUUCUCACCGGCGCCCCCUCCCGGAGACCAAGAGAUACGUGCUCCUCGACGGUGGCGGCCGCCGGCCUGGCGGGAGGAGGCGCAGAAUCCAUGCGGCGGCCCCACCCCACCGAUCCCGAAACUGUCCCGCACGAUCGCGUUAGCGAAGGCUCAGGCGCUCUUGCUUUUGUUUUUCUUUAUUUCUUUAUUUCACAUACACAUUAGCCAUUCAAUGGAGAAGCCGGAGAGAGUCAGGCAAAGAUGGUAUAACAGAAGCGCAGUGACGGGGGCGGGUUGGGGUGGGGCGGGGCGGAGAGGGAACGUACGGGCUGGCUGCCUACUUGCAUUCCGCUAGGACACUGAAAACCCAGAAAACAAAACAGACAGUAAACUACCCUUGUUUCUUAUGUAUCUCAGUGCAGAGACGGGGGUGGAGGGCAGAGAAGGGGAGACCAGGCUGAAGGAAGAGGAGCGGAGGGACGGGGACGCUAAGGGGGAAGCACACCAAAUCCAUUAGUACUAUAUAUAGAGAUACUCGUAUAUACUGCGUUUCUUAGCCUAAGAAGAAACUUGUUUGACGGGACGGGCGGCCUUUGCGGUCCGCGAUGCUGGUGCUGGUCGGGCGCACGGAUCUCCCGGGGCCGAAGCGGGGCUGGCCCAGGCUGGCUUGCGGGGGGAGGGGGGCGCCCCAAGGGUGGGUGGGGGGGAGCAGAGGCGGGGCUGGGGUGCCCCUCGGGCUCUCGAUUGGGGGACGAAAGUUCUCGUGACUUUAUUGCUCCUUUAUUUUCUCUCGUGUGUGUGUGUGUCGGGGUGGGGGGUGUCCGUUCAGCACGGUCGGGGUGGGGAAGUGGUGGGUCGUCUGAGCCACCCGGCCCCUCUGGGACCCAGAGCGCGGCGUCCGCUCCGCCAGCACGGGGGUGAGAACAAGGCACUAGGUCGGCCGGCCAGCGCGGGGGCGGGUGUGUAAGGCAGUCGACGGGGUUGGUUGCAGGGUAAGGAUGGGGCUGUGUGCGGGGCCGUGUGCGUGCGUGCGUGCGUGCGCGGGCCUGGGCGAAUCGACCUGUCAGCUUGGCUGGUCCUGUCCUGGAGCGUCGAGCCUUCCCCGUACUCCCCGGAGGGUGACCGGGGUGGGGGUGGGAGGGUGAUGUUGAGUCGCGGGCGCCGGGGAAGCGGUGGGGGGCGGGGGAGGGGAGAAACUACCAACUUGCUGAGCGCGCUCCUGAUAAUGCUGGUGAGGGUCAAGUUGGCGUCUGGCUCAAAGAAGGACGCUCGGGUUGGAGAGGGAGGGAGGGGACGUUUGUUCGUUGGCAUUGACCUCUGCGGGGGAGGGGCUGGGGACCCGCCGCCGCGCCCCCGGGCCCGGACGGGGAUGGGGCGAGGAGGGGGCGCUGGGCCCCGGGGAGGGGGCGCCCGGGGAGACCCGCGGCCAGAGCAGCCCGCCGCCGGGCGCACGCCGCUGUCCCGUUCCGUUAAACUCAACAAAGAAGGGAUAUGCGUGUUCCUAACAAGUGCAGGAUAUUUAAUUGAUUCAUAAACUUAUGUAUAAUAGUUUGUGGGUUUUUUAAAACGUACUUUAUAAUGUAAGAAGCACCAGGGUUUUUAUGUUGAAUUAUCUUUAAAAUAAUUUUCUCUCGUC